AUGGCUCCAAGUAUGCAGUGGCUACAGGCACAUGAUCCAGCAGUUUCCAACCGCUAUAGUACUUCUCACUUGAGUUAUCGUGGUAUUCGUUUUCCAAAAGUGAUAAUUCACCACUCUGUCAAUGAGACAAGUCGUCUCCGGAAGCUCACUUCCCUCACGUACUUGAGCAAUAAACUCGGUAGUGUUUUUCACCGUGAACACCGUGAUACCAUUGCAUGUGAAGAAGAUGAGGAACAUGUAAAUUAUAAACGUAAUAUCUAUGAGAUUAUUCGGCACAAUGACGAGUCUGCGGACACGUCAAGAGGCUUGGAUCAUUUGGCCAAGUUUAGCAUGCCAGUUGGACAGAGUACGUCCAUAUCGACCACGAGCUAUGAACCCAGUAAGGAACAACGAUGGUGUACCAAUUGUUCCAAGUGUUUUCAACGUCGUUUGAGUCGGUAUGAUCAGUACUGUGGAUUGGAUUGCAAGACAGCACAUCGAAUGAGGCAGACGGCGUGA